AUGGCUGAUACUAUUACACCAACUACAACAACUACCACCACUACCACCACAACUACCACCACACCAUCAUCAUCAACUAGUGGACCUAGGUUGGCACAUGGUCUGCCAUUGAUCGACCCACAGCCACAACAUGCUGAUGAGCAUGGAGUGUUGCCAGAGCCAAUCGCGAUGCCAGCAACUAUUGUUGACGGCUUCCAGACGACUUUGCAACGAUUCCCCCAUAACUUGGCCAUUCAGGUCAAGCGUAAUGGCAAGUGGGUCAAGUGGACUUGGACCAAGUACCACGAGGACAUCUACUCGGCCGCCAAGUCCUUUGUCAAGCUGGGCAUGAAGCAGGGCGCCGGCGUCAACAUCAUCGGAUUCAACUCACCAGAGUGGCACAUCUCGCAUCUGGGCGCCAUCUACGCGGGCGGUCUGCCCACGGGCAUCUACACCACCAGCUCGACACCACAGUGCGAGUACUUUGCCUCGCACUCUGAGGCCAUGGUCAUCUGUGUGGAGAACGAGCAGCAGCUGGCCAAGUACGACGCGAUCAAGGCUAGUCUACCAAACGUCAAGGCCUACAUCGUGAUGGACCCGACCGACGCCAACGCCACAUUCCCCGAGGGCACCUACACGUGGGCGCAGUUCAUGGAGCUGGGUCGCACCGUGCCCGACAGCGAAAUCGAUCGCAUCUCAAGCACCAUCACACCAGACACGCUCUGCACCCUGAUCUACACCAGUGGCACCACUGGCAUGCCCAAGGGUUGCAUGAUCUCUCAGCGCAAUGUUGCCUGGACUGUGCACACCCUUGGUAGCAUCGUCCUUCAUCCAAAGACUGGUCACAACGAGCGUAUGAUCUCAUAUCUCCCACUCAGUCACGUUGCCGAGCAGGUCGUAUCCCUAUACGCACCACUCAUCUUUGGUUUCUCCGUCUCCUUCGCUGACAGGAAUGCACUCCAGGGUACACUCUUGGAUACAUUGCUCGAGGUCAAGCCAACAUUGUUCUUUGGUGUACCAAGAGUUUGGGAGAAGAUUCAACAUAGAGUGUCUCAGUUGAUGAGCCAAGGUGGCCCAAUUAAGAAGAAGUUGGUCGGAUGGGCAAAGGCAAAGGGUUUGAAGGGUGGCUACAAGGCACAGCGUGGCGAGAAGAAGCCAUCUGGAUAUGGUCUGGCCAGGACAUUGGUCUUCAAGAAGGUGUUGAAGAACUUGGGUCUGUCACACUGCCGCUUCAUGGCCUCCACUGCCGCCCCAAUCAGCAAGGACACACUGGACUUCUUCUUGUCGAUUGGCAUCACUAUCACUGAGGCUUACGGUAUGUCUGAGCUCACCGGUCCACAGUCGAUCGGCUUCCCAGACACCAAGACUGGCAGCAUUGGAAAGACCUUGCCAGGCUCCAUCGUCAAGUUGAACGAGGGCGACAAUGAGAUCCUGAUCAAGGGUCCAAACUGUUUCCCAGGCUAUUUCAAGAACCCAGAGGCCACCAAGGAGACCAUCGACCAGGAUGGUUGGUUGCACACUGGAGACAUUGGAUACGUCGAUGAGGCCGGCUACCUCUUCAUCACCGAUCGUAAGAAGGAGCUGAUCAUCACUGCUGGUGGAGAGAACAUCGCCCCAUCGUUGCUUGAGGGAUACCUGCGCCAGGUGCCCGAGAUUGGCAUGGCCGUCAUUGUUGGAGAUCGCCAGAAGUACCUUGUUUGUCUGCUGUCGAUCAGUGCCGUCGCACUCAAGAACGUCAACUAUGGCCAUCCAGCCCCCGCCUCCAUUGAGGAUGCCAUCGCCGACAAGCACUUCAACGCCUACAUCGAGAGCAAGAUCACAGAGAUCAACACUAGACUGCCACAAGUGUCCACGAUCAAGAAGUUCAAGAUCGUGCCAAAGGAGUUCACCGACCAGGGUGUCGACGCCGAGCUCACCCCAACCCAGAAGCUCAAGCGCCGUGUCAUCCUCACCAAGUACGAGCCAUUGAUACGCGAGAUGUACGGCGAUCAGUACGCCGAGGGUGCAUUCAUUGUCGUGCCAGGCCAGGCCAAGCCAGCUGCCACCACCGAGGCCGUCAUCCCACCAGUUGUCGUCGCACCAAUCGUCGUCGCCGAGCCAGCACCAGUCGUCGUGGCACCAGUUCCAGUCGUCGUCUUCGCUGAGCCAGCACCAGCAGUCGUCGUCGCCGUCCCAGCAGUCGUUGUUGUUGAUGAGGCUGCCGCAGUGGCCAACGAGAACAAAUCAAGAUCAUCAUCGACUUCAUCAUCUUCAUCAUCCACUUCCGACUCUUCUUCAUCAUCCAAGAAGGAGACAGUGGAGGAGCCAGCAGGACCAGUUGUCGUUGUGGCAGAGGUCCAAGAGAUCCCAGUUGCUCAGCCACUUGGUGAGACUGGAGUGUUUGCCCUCCCACCAAACGGCAUUGCUGUUGCCGUUGUCGACGCACCAUUGGAGGAGCCAAUCCAAGUCGAGGUUCCAGCUCCAGUUGUCGAGGAGCCAGUCGUCAUCGUCGCCGAGGUCAAGGUCGAGGAGCCAGUUGCCGUUGUCGAGGAGCCAACCCCAGUUGUAGAGGAGCCUGUUGUCAUCGUUGCUGAGGUCAAAGUUGAGGAGCCAGUUGCCGUUGUCGAGGAGCCAGCCGUCGUCGUUGUUUCCCCGGUCGUCCAGGAGCCAACCCCAGUUGUCGAGGAGCCAGUCGUCGUCGUUGCCGAGAUCAAGGUCGAAGAGCCAGUUGCCGUUGUCGAGGCGCCAGUGGCUGUUGUCGAGGAGGUAGUAGUUGUUGCCGAGGUUAAGGUCGAGGAGCCAGUCGAGGCUGAGCCAGAGGUGUUGAAGGUUGAGGUUGCCCUGCCGGACCGCACGGCCGAUGCUCCCAAUGGAGACGGUCACUCAUCAUCAGACUCAUCAUCAGACAGCUCAACCAGCUACACCAGCAGCAGCAGCAGCGACAGCGAGGACUACUCAAGCACCAGCGAUGAUUCCAGCGAAGACGAGGCAAAGCCAACCGAGCAACAGUAA